AUCAUCAGUUCUUCAGAUUUGGUUGGUGCGUAUGUACACUAAGGUAAAGUUUUAAAGAAACGCGCCACGUGCGAUUAGUUAUUGUAACAUUUUAUUUUAUUUUGUUAUUUGUAUUUCUUAAGUGUCGGCUGUGGUCAUCGGUGUUUCCGACGUUUCGCUAGCGUCUUGAACUCCACCUAAUGCACUCUGCCAGCUGGCUACAUGUCGGCUUGGUGGGAAGGAGGAGGGAGGAGGAGCCGGGUGGGGGGAGUGAGCUGUGUUCUCUCCAGUCUUGUUCAGCCAUGUUAGAUUUUUCUGCUUUUCACCAACGAUGAGCGAGGAGCCAUGGCCUUGUCAUUGAGCGGAGACGAUGAGGAAUAUGAUUCAGAGUCAGAACAGCGCACAGCCAAUCGUCCAAAGCCCAAGAUGGCGACACCGUCGGCUGUUAAGCUGCCAUCCAGUCGCAGCUCAUCAGGAGCAAGACGGAGGAGAACGCGUUGCCGAAAGUGUGAGGCGUGCAUGCGGACAGAGUGUGGGGAGUGUCACUUCUGUAAGGACAUGAAGAAGUUUGGUGGCCCGGGCCGCAUGAAACAGUCCUGCAUUAUGAGACAAUGCAUAGCGCCCGUUCUGCCUCACACAGCGGUAUGCGUAGUGUGUAAGGAGGCUGGGAAGGAGGAUACAUUGGAAGAAGAGGAAGACAAGUUCAACUUCAUGCUAAUGGAAUGUUCCAUCUGCAAUGAAAUUGUCCAUCCCAACUGCCUCAAGGUGAGCGAUGCAUCUGGCGUAGUGAACGACGAGCUGCCAAACUGCUGGGAGUGUCCUAAGUGCAACCAUGCUGGCAAGAGUGGGAAAGUAUUAAAGCAAAAACGGGGUCCAGGGUUCAAGUACGCCUCCAACCUCCCUGGCUCUCUGCUGAGGGAACAAAAGCCUGUGAAGGAGGAUGGAGACAUGUCUGCAUCAUUCAAACGGAGACCUGAUAGAGAAGAAACGCCCAGGCAGCGACCUGAGGAGGCUCUCCUUCGACAGCCACCGCUGCUGUCCCCCAGCAGUGUGCCCCGACCCCGGCUUGAGGACAAGCUGAGGAAGAAGAGGAAGCUCUUUGAGGACGAAGAGGACGAAGACCUCCGAGCAAGAAAGAAGGAAAGGUCAGACAACCCUUGUUUUUCUAAACUCUUGCACCAGAUUAAAGCUGAAGAGGAAGAUGUAUAUGAGGAGGAUGAUGAAGAUGGAAGGGAACUAAAUUUCCGGAGUUUUGGGGAGAGAAACGGGCGUCUGGGCAGUGCUGAGGAAUUGGCAGAUGACAGAGACUUGAAGAACGAGCUUUUAAAUCCUUCCCUCAAAACGCCUGUUAUGGACAGCGAUCAGUCGCACUGCAGCUCUCCCCAAGCUGGCCCCAGCAGUGAGGGCGGAAGCGAGACCCAGGAGAAAGGUCCUCGACCCAAAGCUCGCCGUAAACGCCGUGUACCUAACAGAGAAUUAAGCAGAGAGCUGAGCAAAGCACUGAAUCAGGAAAUUCUGAAGACUGAGGACUGCCUGGCCAAUGAGAACCGCCAGCCACUCAAGGUGGAGCCGGAGUCUGAAAAUGAAGAACCCAAGAGGUUGUUCCGUAACAGCAGUGACCUGGGUGAGCAGAGACCCCACCUCAAGACCAAAGAGAUGAAUGGGACCCCCUGGGAAUUGCGCCACUUCUACCCGAGUCAGAUCACUCCGCUGGGCUUCAACAGGAGCACGCCAACUACCCGACCCGUGCCUCCACGCUCACCACCCAAGUGUGUCCAAAUGGAGCGGCACGUCAUUCGGCCCCCGCCAAUAAGCCCGCCUCCCGACAGACUGCCUCUGAAAGAUGGGAAAAUGCACACUCUACAGCGUGAGGUUUGGAUGAAGAUCUUUAACCAUCUCGCACAUAAGGAGCUCUGCUGCUGCAUGAGAGUGUGCAAGACCUGGAACAGAUGGUGCUGUGAUAAAAGACUCUGGACCAAAAUUGAUCUCAACCGCUGUACCUCCAUCACUCCCCUCAUGCUAAGUGGUAUUAUUCGUCGACAGCCACUCUCCUUGGACCUCAGCUGGACCAACAUUUCCAAGAAACAAUUAAGCUGGCUUAUUAACAGAUUGCCAGGACUGCGAGUGUUAAAAUUAUCGGGGUGUUCGUGGGCGGCCGUAUCCGCGCUCUGCACCUCCAGCUGCCCGCUACUACGAACACUGGACGUUCAGUGGGUGGAGGGGCUCAAAGAUGCACAGAUGAGGGACCUCCUCUCACCUCCAACAGAUAAUAGGCCAGGUCAGCUGGAUAACCGCUGCAAGUUGAGGAAUGUGGAGGAUCUGCGUCUGGCGGGCUUGGACAUCACCGACACGUCCCUGCGUCUCAUCAGCCGCCAGAUGCCUCUGCUGUCCCGUCUUGACCUGAGCUACUGUAACCACGUCAACGACCAGUCAGUCAACCUGCUGACUGCAGCAGGGACCACCACUCGAGACUCACUCACGGAAAUCAACCUGUCAGUUUGUAACCGGGUCACAGAUCAUUCCUUGAACUUUUUCAAGCGUUGUGGGAGCAUCUGCCAGAUCGACCUUCGCUUUUGCAAGCAGGUGACGAAGACGGCAUGUGAGAGGUUUAUUGCCGAGAUGUCUGUGAGCGUCCCAUUUAGACUGAACGAGGACAAACUGCUGCAAAAAGCCAGCUAGUUCACAAUGACCAAAUGGAUUGGAAAACAAUUUGCACUUACUGGGGAUAUUUUUUUUUUUCAUACUUUGGGGGCCUGCGGUAGACCUGGAAAUGGAUGUCACAGUUAAAGAAGACAGAAAACGAACUAGCAUGUGUUUGUGUUGAGAUUGUAUUUCUAUAAAAUGUGUUGUUUGUAACUGAUGCGUUGGUGGUUUUAAUUUUGUUCCUUUAAUAUUUGAAAGCAGUAUUUUUAUACAAACAUGAGUUUACCGUGUGUCCACUCCAGCACCGAACAUUGUGCCAUCCUCCAGCUUAUCUUUCUCAUUGGGGCCCAAAAUCUGUUGGGCAUGAGGACACUUUGACAAUAUGAAUAUAUACUGAAUAUGUACAGUUACUAUAAGUUUGAUUUAAGUUAUGAUAAAGUUCCUGGAUAUGCAAGAUGUAUUUCAAAAAUGGUGUGUCUAAAGCUUGUCAUCAAGUAUACAUUUUUUUUGUGUGUGGUUGAUGGUAUUGCCCGACAUUUACAUAUUUAUUUUUUACUACAGUUUGUAUUUAUUCAAGUGUUGAACAACUAGUCUUCGAAAUAGCUAUCAAGCAGAGUUGGAUCAAAUAUAUUUUAUCCAAAGUUGUUUACGAUAGCUACAAGUGUAUCGGUUAAGCCAAGUAGCUGAACGAACACAUUUAGCACUGAUUUAACAUGAUACAAUGAUACAUACAUUGUUCUGCACACAGGUUCAUAUGAGCAAAUAUCUACAAUACCAUUGUAAAUAACUCCCAUUUAAAUGACUCCAUGCAGUCGGUGUUGUGUUUUUGUGGGAUGUCUUGUGCUGUGGAUUUACCUGCUAUCGCCUCGAGUGAAUGUGAUCAUGUUUAUAUUUGUAAAUUCAAACACCCAAGUACUAAUAUGCAUUAAAAUACAUGCAUUUGUACCAUCAA